GGCCAGCAAAACACCUUUACUCCGCAAAGUUGAGAUUGGAUGUUGGCGUCAACGACGACCAGAAGCUCAAGCAUGCAUGGCCAAGGGCAGGCUCACUGCUUUUUGCUAUGCUUGCUGCCCUUUCCUACUCGAGCUUUUGAGCCCUCGAGAGAUAUUUGCUCUUGGGAUCACUUUCCUCAUCGCAGCCGCAGCACUGCUUUUCGGGCUAUCGGGCCGGCAGAGGACUCAGGAGUGGGACCAGGAGGAGCUUAUGCGCUGGUCGGCAGAGCGCUGGGAGGAAGCUCGGUGCUUUGUACAAGAGGUAGGCAUCGAAUACACCGGCGACUGCAAUCUAAGAGUGGACGAGGAGGAGCUUCCCUUUGACUAUGGCGCAUGGCCUCCGGUCAAAAAGAGCUCUGCUGAAGCUCCUCAGUACAACUACACUGAGUGUCCAGAGGCUCACCAGAGUUGUUCCGCCGGUGACUCUGGAGCACCAGAACUGGCCUUCUUGUCAGCAAACACGCCGAAGCAAGGCAUUAACAUGCCAAGAUACAACCUGGUUGCUUGCCGCAACAGCUUUCUACCUUGGGCGGCAUUGCAUGUGGACAUGGGAGGUCGCAGCGCAGAGGCUGAGACUGAGACGCAUCGGAACGUGUCUUGCGGCUACAAGAUGGGCUUCACGUCACCGGAGGAGAGCAUUCCUUUAGCGCAACGUGUUUUGCACGGAUUUGGAGAUACCUCGAAUGCAGGUCUCGGAGUUCCGGAGCAGGCUCCGGAGCAAGUUUCGCAGGUGCUGGAGCGAGUUCCCAAGCAAGUUCGCCAGCAAGUUCCUGAGCAGAUGUCGGAGGCAUCUCUUGCUGGGUGCUUGACUUGGAGAGCAAGGGCUGCCGCGCUGUGGCUUUGCAAGCACCUGAGCAGUGGCCCAUCCACAACGGAGCCAGGCACUUACAAGGCAACUUCUUCCUCGCCGGGCUUGGGGUUUGUUUGGUCGCUGUUGCUGCGUGUGGUGUGGAGUGCUGUUGCUCUGAGCCUGAUGUCGAAGAGAUUGAGAAAGUGAGUGACAUUGCAGAGGAGGAGGAGGUUCCGCAGUCGCUCUCGGCUCGCAUCCGACGUGUGCAGCAGCGCUGGAAUCUCUUUCAGGUCAACCUGAUCCAGCACUACGAGCCGCUGAGCUCGGCCAGGGAGAUGCCCAGCGCCCGGACUGGGCGAGUGGGAAGUGGAAGUGGACGUGCCUGAGUAGUGACUAGUGAGCAAACGAAGCUUCAAC